CUGUGCGAAAAAAGCUGAAAGCUGAGGAAGAAUUUCCAGAUCUGAGUCAGCACAACAACCACAUGGCCAAGUACUUAUCCCUGGACAUGUACAAGAAACUGAGGGAGUGCACAACAUCCAAUGAGUUCACUAUUGAUGAUGUCAUCCAGACAGGCGUAGAUAAUUUUGGUCAUCCCUUCAUUAUGAAGGUUGGAUGCGUGGCCGGAGAUGAGGAGUCAUAUGAGGUCUACAAACCUCUGAUGGACCUAGUCAUUCAGGACAGACAUGGAGGAUACAAACCAACUGACAAGCAAAAGACUGACCUCAAUCCAGAAAAACUAAAUGGGGCUGAGGACCUUGACCCAAACUAUGUUUUGAGCUCCCGUAUCCGCACUGGCCGAAGCAUUCGGGGCUUCUGCCUGCCGCCGCUUAUCAGCCGGGGCGAGAGACGUGCUUUGGAGAAGCUCUCGAUUGAAGUACUGGAUUCACUGACUGGUGACCUGCAGGGGAAAUACUUUGCUGUCAAAGAUAUGACAGAAGCUGAGCAGCAGCAGAUGAUUUAUGACCACUUCAUGUUUGACAAGCCACAGUCCCCUCUGCUGCUGUCUACAGGGAUGGCCCGUGACUGGCCUGAUGGCAGAGGCCUCUGGCAUAACGACAACAAGACGUUCUUAGUGUGGGUGAACGAGGAGGACCACUUGAGAGUGAUCUCAAUGCAGAAAGGCGGCAACAUGAAGGAAGUGUUCACUCGCUUUGCCAACGGACUUGCUCAGAUGGAAUCCUUGUUCAGGAAGAAAGGUCACGUCUUCAUGUGGAAUGAGCACUUCGGCUACAUCUUGACUUCCCCAGCCACACUUGGCACUGGACUGCGUGCUAGUGUUCACAUAAAGCUACCAAAUAUGAACAAGCAUCCUGAGUUUGAUGAGGUUCUUAAGAGGCUAAGGCUCCAGAAACGUGGAACCGGUGGUGAGGACACAGCUGUUGUGGAUGCAGUAUUUGACAUCUCCAACAUUGACAGAAUGGGUGUCUCCGAGGUGAGGCUUGUCCAGAUACUGGUUGAUGGGAUAAGAGUGCUGGUGGAGAUGGAGAAGAGGCUUGAAAUGGAUGAGCCCAUUGAUGACCUAAUGCCCAGCAGCAUUGAGCUGAAAGGGUUGACAGCUAAGGACGAGUUCCCAGAUCUCAGUCAGCACAACAACCACAUGGCUAAAGUUUUAACUCUGGAAAUGUAUAAAAAGCUAAAGGAUCGCACAAGUCCCAAUGGCUUCACCAUAGAUGAUGUCAUUCAGACAGGCGUUGAUAAUCCAGGUAACCCCUUGAUCACGACGGUGGGCUGUGUGGCUGGAGAUGAGGAGUCUUAUGUAGUCUUCAGGGAUCUGCUGAACCUCGUCAUUGCGGCUAAACAUAAAGGUUUUAAACCCAAAGACAAUCACAAAACUGACAUCAACCCGGACAAUCUGAAGGUAGCUGUUUCGCAGUCAAAGGGACAUAUUUCUACUGCAGAAAAAAAUACCUGUUUUGUCUACUAGGGUGGUGAUGAUCUGGAUCCUGAAUAUGUUCUGAGCUGCAGAGUGCGAGCACGCCGUAGCAUCCGUGGUUUCUGUCUACCCCCACUCUGCAGCCGUGGGGAGAGGCGCGCAUUGGAGAAGCUCCUAGCUGAAACCCUGGACUCACUGACUGGAGACCUGAAAGGGAAAUAUUACUCUUUGAAGAACAUUACAGAGGAGGAGCAGCAGCAGAUGAUUGAUGACCACUUGCUGGUUGAUAAGCCAGUGUCCCCACUGUUGCUGUCCUCGGGGAUGGCCCGUGACUGGCCAGACGGCAGAGGCAUUUGGCACAAUGAGAGCAAGACAUUGCUGGUGUGGGUAAAUGAGGAGGACCAUCUGCGAGUGAUCUCUAUGCAAAAAGGCCACGACAUGAAAGAAGUGUUCACCCGCUUCUGCAGCGGACUCACAGGGAUUGAGUCCAUAAUUAAGAAGAAAGGUGAAGCCUUCAUGUGGAAUGAGCACCUGGGCUACAUCCUGACUUGCCCAUCCAAUCUUGGGACCGGCUUGCGCGCUAGUGUCCAUGUAAAGCUUCCAAACAUGAGCAAGCACCCCGAGUUUGAAGAAAUUCUAAGAAGGUUGAAGCUCAAGAAGAGUGGAAAUGGUGAUGCGGACAACGAUGCUGUUGAGGGAGUCUUUGACAUUUCGAACACUGAAAGAUUGGGUUUCUCUGAGGUGCGGCUGGUGCAGACAGUGGUCGAUGGAGUCAAGCUGCUCGUGGAGAUGGAGAAAAGGCUGGAAAAGGAGGAGCCAAUAGAUGAAUUGAUGCCAGCCAACCUUGCGCUAAAUGUGUUUUCAGCUGAGCAAGAGUACCCAGAUCUCAGUCAGCACAACAACAUUAUUGCAAAGUACUUAACCAAGGACAUGUACAAGACACUGAGGCAACGGUGUACCCCUAAUGGCUUCACCAUAGAUGAUGUCAUUCAGACAGGCGUGGAUAAUCCAGGGCACCCCUACAUCAUGACAGUGGGUUGUGUAGCUGGAGAUGAAGAGUCAUACAAAGUAUUUAAAGAGCUGAUGGACCUUGUGAUUCAGGAUAGACAUGGAGGUUACAAACCAUCCGACAUCCACAAGACUGACCUCAAACCAGACCACCUUAGGGUAAAGUGAUAUUUUGCCAAGGAACAACCUAAAUACAACCUAAUAUCUGUUAUACCCCAGGGUGGCGAUGACCUUGAUUCAAAAUAUGUUCUGAGCUCCCGAGUUCGAACUGGACGCAGCAUCCGUGGCUUCUGUCUGCCACCGCUCUGCAGUCGUGGAGAGAGACGUGCUUUAGAGAAACUCUGCACUGACGCUCUUGAUUCCCUAACUGGAGACCUGCAGGGGAAAUACUAUGCCUUGAAGAACAUGACUGAUGAAGAGCAGCAGCAGCUGAUUGAUGACCACUUUCUUUUUGACAAGCCAGUGUCUCCUCUUUUGCUGGCCUCAGGGAUGGCCCGUGACUGGCCUGACGGCAGAGGCAUCUGGCACAACGACAAUAAGACCUUCCUGGUGUGGGUGAACGAGGAGGACCAUCUUCGUGUGAUUUCAAUGGAGAAAGGAGGCAACAUGAAGGAAGUGUUCACUCGAUUUUGCACUGGACUAACUGAGAUUGAGUCUGCCAUUAAGCAGAAAGGUGAAGCAUUCAUGUGGAACGAACACCUUGGCUUUAUCCUGACUUGCCCAUCCAACCUUGGCACUGGUCUGCGUGCUGGUGUCCAUGCAAAGCUUCCAAACAUGGGCAAGCACCCCAAGUUCGAGGAGGUCCUUAAAAAACUGAGGCUUCAGAAACGUGGAACUGGUGGUGUGGACACAGCUGCUGUGGAUGGAGUGUUUGACAUUUCCAAUGCUGACAGACUGGGCUUCUCUGAGGUGCAGCUGGUUCAAAUCGUGGUUGAUGGCGUUAAGCUGCUGGUGGAAAUGGAGAAAAGACUGGAGAAGGGUUGCUCCAUCGACUCACUGAUGCCUGGAAAACUCAAAAUGAAGAAUCUGCCAGCUGAGAGAGAAUUUCCUGAUCUCAGUAUGCACAACAGCCACAUGGCAAAGUUCUUGACGCUGGACAUGUACAAGACUCUGAGAGAGCUGAAAACCCCUUAUGGCUUCACUAUUGACCGCGUCAUCCAGACAGGCGUGGAUAAUCCAGGUAACCCCUUCACCAUGACUAUGGGCUGUGUGGCUGCAGACGAAGAGUCUUACGAGGUCUUCAAAGAGCUGCUGGACCUUGUGAUUGAAGACAAACACAAAGGCUAUAAACCAACAGACUUGCACAAGACUGCUCUAAACCCAGACGGCCUGGUGGGAGGCGAUGACCUUGACCCAAACUAUGUUCUGCUUUCCCGUGUUCGUGCAAGCCGCAGCAUCCGUGGCUUCUGCUUCCCAACAUAUUGCACUCGUGGAGAAAGACGUCUUCUCGAGAAGCUCUGCGUCGAAGUUCUGGAAAAACUGACUGGGGACUUGCAAGGGAAAUAUUACUCCUUGAAGAAUCUGCCAGAAUCUGAGCAGCAGCAGAUGAUAGAAGAGAACUUGCUGUUUGCAAAGCCAGUCUGUCCUUUGCUGCUAUCCUCUGGAAUUAACCGAGAUUGGCCUGACGGCAGAGGCAUCUGGCACAACAACAGUAAGAACUUCGUGGUGUGGUUGAAUGAGGAGGACCAUCUCAAAUUAAUUUCUAUUGAGAAAGGGGGCAAUAUAAAGGCAGCAUUUUCCCGCUUCUGCGGUGGAAUCCAAGAGGUUGAGACCUUGUUCAAGGAGAAAGAACAACCAUUCAUGUGGAAUGAUCACCUAGGCUUCAUUGUGUCCUGCCCAUCCAACCUGGGCACUGGUUUGCGUGCCAGUGUGCAUAUGAAACUGCCAAACCUAGGAAACCACCCAAACUUUGAUGAGGUUCUUAAGAGGCUGAGACUUGAGAAACGAAAAAUUGGUGAUGAGGACACUCAUAAUGGAGUUUUCGACAUCUCAAACACAGACAGACUGGGCCUCUCUGAGGUACAGCUUGUGCAAAUGGUGGUCGACGGUGUUAAGGUGCUGGUGGACAUGGAGAGGAAGCUGGAGAGUGAACAAUCUAUUGACGACUUGAUGCCCACCCAGAAGUAGAGCCAAUAGCCAUCUGAAACAAUCUUUGUUCAUGAUGUCGUUAUGUUGUGUACUGUGGUUCAA